AUGUCCCAGACCACGCCCCGCAAUCCCACAGCCAGCGAGUUAUUUUUCACCAAUUCCGAGUUUCAUGUGGUAAUUUGCCGUAACUGUGAGCAUGCCGUACGACGAGAUAAUAUUAUCACGCAUUUAACCAGUACCAACCACCGAGUCCCGCGUACGGUAGCGCAGUAUAUUGAGAGUUGCGUACAGCAAUGGGACCAUAUUGAGGACCAGCCCGAUAUUAUCCAUUGGCCCACCCAGAUUGAUAGCCCAAUACCCGGAUUAACCGUAUUUGAUGACGGUUUAUUGUGUUUACGGUGUGAGAGAUAUAUUUGCCGUACGAUGCAGUCAUUACGAGUCCAUUGGCAACGCGCACAUGAAUGGUCCCCCAGCACCCACCGGGGUCGUCCCAAACCAUCCGAGACCAGGCGUAUCCAGGAGGAUAUUAAUACCAGUUACCAGAGUGUGACAUGCCAACGUGUUUUCAAGCAUGGGUCCGGUUCCCAGUUCAUCCCCAUCCGCCAGCCCGAUCCACCGCGGGCCGAACCGGUGCCACCCGUGGAUGCCAUCCACCAGUUGGUCCAGCGCGUCCGAGCAUUCCAGGCCCAGCAGGCCCGCAGCCAGCAGACCGUGAUCCAGGCCGGGGAGAUCGACGAAGCCACGCCGUGGUUAAACCGUACGGGGUGGGUCCGGUAUUUACAGGGCAUUUCGUCCGCCCCGUUAGUGCAGUCCAUGGAGCGGCCGGACGAGGAUGCCGAGGGCCCCGAGGGUGCGGCAUGGGCCAUUUGGCAGGCCAUGGAGCGAUUGGCCAUGGUCAGCCAGCAGAUCACCCGGGCGAGUGGGUUUUUGGUGCGGAUUGAGGCCGCCCGCACGCAUAAGGCCGAUUCCCCGUACGAGCCGUUGUUGGCGUACAUGAAAGAAGCGGAGAUCAAGGACCAUAUUGAGCCGUGGCAGCGGAUAUUGAUGUUUUUCACCCGCACCCAGCAGCCGCACGAUUGGGAGAGUCCCCCGUACGAGUUCACCCCCGCACAGCAGCGGUCGUGGGAGAUCGUAUGGCGGCGUGCGCAGGCCGCGGGCCGGUCCAGCCCGGACCCCAUGGACCCCGAGCCGUACGAGUUAUCGCCGUUGGAGUGCGCGAUUAUGGAUUUUUGCAUCAAUUUGUUACGCCAGCGGAUCCGGCACCACGAGUAUGGGUGUGCGUUUAUAUGCGCAUCGGCCGUGUUGGGCCGGAAGUUGUCCGGAUGGGAUGGGGUGGAGGAUUACCCCCCCAAGAUAUCCAGUUUGAUCAAGAUCGCCCGUUUUUUGGUAUUGCAUAAGGCGUUGCGGUUAGACCCCGAUUCGUUGGCCAUCCGGCGUGGGUUCGCGCAGGGCAGCCAGGAGCCCCAUUUCCGUGGUGACGAUAUCCCCGUCGCGGACGGAUAUAUAUUUGACGGGGACGAGGGUUAUGCCAGCAGCCCCGUCCGAGAGACGCCCACCCCCCGUCCCAUGCCCGGAUCCCCCACCACGUCCAUUUUGGGACCCCCCACCCAGAUCCAGGGUCGUCGGGUGAUUCGUACGUUUCCCGAGUGGUUACGAUUGAUGGUGGAUGCGUUUAUGGUGCGUGGGACCCACGGGCCGGUCCAGUGGUUAUUGGAUUUACGCACGUACGGAAAGAAGGUGUUUUUCAACACCCCGUCCGAGGGGCAUAUCGGAUGGAAAGGCGAGGAUGAGUUGUUGUAUAAGCAGUUGCAUUUUACCAUGGGUGAUUUCCGUGGGAUGGUCCACGGGUUGGUCGAGAGCAUGCGGAACCAGUUUCACCAGCAGUUGAUAUUCGCCGAGGGUGCACAGAUCCCCAGUAUUGAUUUACAGGAUAUAUACGACGAUCCCACGCAGCGGACGGCGGAUUGGAGUUUUAUCAAGGAUUCCCGUACGCAGUGGCCCGUCCACGGGGCCGAGUGGUUGAUCCAGCGGGUGGCCCAGGAGCCCACGUUCCGGCGGCGAUUCAGCGAGCCGGACGGCCAGGGGUUCCGGAUGCGUGCAAUUGACCGGUAUUUUGCCGAGGUGGCCCGGUUCCGCGAGUGGUUAAGCGUGGCGAUCCAUAUCACCGCCGGCCAGCCCAGCCGUACGCCCGAGUUGUUGAGUAUCCGGUACCGGAACAGCGAGCGAGAGAUCCGCAACGUGUUUAUCGAAGAUGGGAUGGUGGUAUUUGUCAGCCGAUAUCACAAAGGGUUCCAUAUCACCAACGAUACCAAGGUGAUUCAGCGGUAUUUGCCGCAGGAGGUUGGGGAGUUGGUCGUCCGAUAUAUAUGGUUGGUGUUGCCGUUUGUGGAGAUAUUGCAAGCAUAUCAGUGGCAGCAGCGAGGCACCCCCACCCCCCGCCGACAAGAGUAUUUAUGGGGCCCCGACGCCGGCAGCGAGAAGGCGUGGACGGGCGUACGAUUCCGGAAGGCGUUGGAAUCGGCCACGGCCGCGGGGUUGCACGGGCAGGCGGUCCACGUGUCGGCAUACCGCGACAUCGCCAUCGCGAUCAGCCGGCGGUAUUUACGGGGCAAGAGCCAGUUUGAGAGUAACGUGCAGGAGGGCACGGGCGAGGCGGCCCCCCCGUACGACCCCGACGAUGAGGGUGGGAUGGACGAGGAGGAGUUGAUGGGGCAUAUUGCGGAUUUGCAAGCCACCCAUUCGUCCCACGUGGCCGGGAUGAUGUACGGUCGUACGAUCAUGGAGCCCACCAACAGCACCACGCACCGGCGGCAGCGGUUCCGGCAGUCCAGCCAGGAUUGGCAUCAAUUUUUAGGGUUUGCAUCCGCCGUCCGCGCCGGGGUAUGCGGUAAGCGUCCGAAUCCGUGGGAGGAUGAUGCCGAGGAGAGCCGGACGCAGCGGCGGUAUCAGUUACAGCAGGCCCAUAUGUUGCAGUCGUUCCAGCAGAUGGUCGGACGGCCCGAGAUGGUAUUCCGUGGGGUGCAGGAGCCCGCGUUGCGGGCGAUCCAGCAGGGGGUCAGCCCGGUCGUGGCGGUGAUGCCCACCGGGGGGGGCAAGAGCAUAUUAUUCAUGUUACCCGCGUGGGUCGGGGGUGGAUUGACGGUGGUGGUCGUCCCGUUGAUCGCGUUACGCCAGGAUAUGGUCCAGCGGUGCGAGCAGUUGGGGAUAUCAUGCGUGCCGUACGACCGCCAGCGGCCCCCGGACGAAGCGUCGAUCGUGUUGGUCACCCCCGAGAGCACCCGCAGCCAGGGGUUCCGGACGUUUUUGAACCGGCAGCGGAUGUUGCAGCGGUUGGAGCGGAUCGUGAUCGAUGAGUGCCACGUCGUGUUGAACAAUCAAGAUGAUUUCCGGCCCCAGUUGCAGAUGAUGGGGGAGUUGCGGGCCGCCAAGACGCAGAUGGUCAUGUUGACGGCCACGUUACCCCCGGCGGCCGAGCCCACGUUAUUAUACCGGAUGGGGUGGCCCCGGGAGCAGGUGGCCAUAUACCGGGCCCGCACGCACCGGCCCAACGUGGCAUACCGGGUAUGGUGCCCGGAGGUGGAGGCGGGGUACGAUCACCCAUCCCAGUGGAUCCAGAUGGACGGGGUGAUCCAGUUUAUCCAGGAGCGGGUCCAGCGGGCCCACCCCGGACGGGUGAUCGUAUAUGGGAGUAUCGUGGCGCACGUCCGGAUGAUGGCGGACCAGUUAGGGUGUGACGCAUAUUUCAGCCAGCAGCACGAUCAAGAUGGGGUGUUAGCCCGGUUCCGUACGACGGCGGGGGCGGUGAUCGUGGCCACCAACGCGUUAGGCAUGGGGAUCGACAUUCCGGACAUCCGCAGCGUGAUCCAUUUGGGGCAGCCCCGUACGAUAUUGGAUUACGCGCAGGAGAGCGGGCGUGCGGGGCGUGACGGGUUGCCGAGUGAGGCGAUCAUCAUUCAGCCGGAGGGGCAGCGGGUGGGAUAUCAGCAGCGUCCGGCUUGGAUGCCCGAGUCCGCGGAGGAGCAGCAGCGGGUGCAGCAGUAUAUGUUGCCGUUGGACGCGGGGGGUGGAUGCCGGCGGGUGAUAUUAGAUGAAUAUUUAGAUGGGCAUGUCCGGCCGGGGUGUACGGACGACGAAUCGGCAUGUGAUGGGUGUGAUCGGGGGUGGUAUCCACGCGAGACGGAUAUCGGUGACGAGAUGGAGAGCAGCACGCCGGACGGGCAUACCAGGGUACCCAGAGUGCAGACGUCCGGGGAAGAGAGCCCCAGCGAGAGGUCCCGCGAGAGGUCCCGCGAGAGGUCCAGCGAGAGGUCCCACGAGAGGUCCCGCGAGAGGUCCAGCGAGAGGUCCCGCGAGAGGUCCAGCGAGAGGUCCAGCGAGAGGUCCAGCGAGAGGUCCAGCGAGAGGUCCAGCGAGAGGUCCAGCGAGAGGUCCGGGGGAGAGAGCCCCAGCCCAGGGUCCACAGGAGAGAACGCAGGGCAGGGGUCCCGGGGAGAGGGCCCGUCCAUCCCCAUGGCCGUCCGACAUGAGUUCCGGCGGCAGGACAUCCAGCGGGCCCAGUUGUCCAGCCAACGACCCGAGGCCAGGCAGGACCAGAUCCAGAGAGAUAUGUAUUUCCAGAGUGAGAUCGGACGGUGGUUGAUGCGGUGUUGGUCGUGUGCGCAGGAGGGGAGGGAUGACGGACAUGAGUUGUUUCGGUGUCCGUGGGGGUAUAAUAUCGAGGCCAAGGCGUGGUGGAAGCGGAUGCGUGCGUUUGAUGGGAUCCGUUACCAGGAUUACAGCGCGCAUUUCCGGUGUGGGAUGCCGCAGUCGAUAUGCCCGCAGGGGGAUCCCAGCAAAGCGAUAUCCCGUACGACGGAGGCGCAGCAGAGAUGUGAGCAAUACCGGCACACAUUGUUACCGAUGGUGGCGAUGAUGUUGUUCAGCCAGAAAACGCAUGCGGAGAUCCGUACGGCGUGGGAUCGACGGUUACAGUAUGUCGGGGUGGAUAGUACGGAUGAGGAGCAGUUAAAGCGGUAUUUUGGGGGUAUGGCAGAAGAGAUUGCAUGCCAGCAGUCCCGGUUAGUACAGGAGUUCAUUUGGUGUCGAAGGAUUUAUCAGGGGCAUGAAGUCGAGUAG